UGGGCAGGAACUGUGUCGGUUUCUGAAGAAGCCCAGAGAGAGAGAUAGAGAGAGAGAGAGGGGGGCGUGAACUGUCUCUGGGUCAUCUCAGACAGUCAGAGAGAGAGAGAGAGCGAGAGAGAAACAGACGGCACGCAGGCAGCAGGAUACAGGAGGUAUGUCAGAGGAUGUGGUUUCCCUGAGCUUGCAGAACAUUGCACAGACAUACUUUGAGCAUGACCUAAGGGCAGCACACAAAGUGUGUUUUCUGCGCUCCACUAGCUGCCUGCCGCAGGAGGACUGAUCUGAUCGGGAUCCUCGCUUCUUCUUAUUACUGUGCCGUCACAUCCAAAGGGAAACGUAGAGCUGCUCUCUUGGUUCAAGCGGCGUACAGUGGAUCGCUGACUCAAACUUGCAGCCUCUGCUUGUCGACAGCUCCACAACAGGCUUAAGUGCGCACUCAUUCGGCAGAAAUGGGCUGCGGGUUGAGGAAGUUCCGUCAGACGGAAGACAACAGUCCGGGAAAGAUUUACUCCACCCUCAAGAGACCGCAGGUGGAGACCAAGGUCGGGGUUGCAUACACGUACCACCACGUGGACUUCCUGGUGGGGAAAGAUGAUGGGACGUCCACGCUGUGUCUGUCCUCGGUGAGGGAGCUGCCGUCUCAGCUGCAGGAUCUGUACCAGCAGGGCUUCAUUCUAGCAGCUGUGCACCCCUUCGUCCACCCGUGUGGCCCCGAGCCCGCCAGCGUCCAGCGCCAGCUCUACCGGGCAGUGCUCAUCAAAGUCUCAGACAGCUGGGAGAAGAAUCCGGCAGACUUUGAGCCUUACCAUCUCAAACUGGAGGAAUGCAUGUCUGCAGACCAGAUUCCCACCACAGAACACAUCCAAGGAUAUGUGAAGAAACAGAUCCAGGAUGCUGCGGAUCAGGGCAUCAUGUUUGUGGGCUUCAUCCAGGAGCCAGCUGGCCUACGCCCACACGUGCUCCGGCACGGAGAACCAGAGGAACCCUCCCUCUCCCUGCACUCCAGCCCCAGCUCGCUGCACGGCUCGGGGCUGACGCCCAGCCCCAGUCCCCUGGAGGAGCCGGAGCUGGGAGACGAGUCCGGAGCAGAGAACGAAGGGAAAAACAGGGGAGGUGAGGCUCUGAGAGAAGACGUGAAAUCUUCUGAAGGUGGAGACGGUGGAUGUGAUCUCUCUGUUGAGAAAUCAGGAUCUGGUGAAACACAGCAAGGAGAUACACUAACACACAACAACAACGACACGGCCAAAAUCACAGACACAGCCGAGAAACCCAGCAGGUUGGCCCUGACUAAGAGUGGAGCCGAGCUCUUUGGAUUGUUUAACUACCCGGGUCGGCGUGAGGGUCAGCUGAAGUACUACACAGUUAAAGUGCCUCUUCGAGUUCAGCCGCAGGGCGAGGGCAUCUGCACGAUGGAGGCCAACUGGCUCGAUCACAUGACUCAACACUUCAACAACGGAGCCUCACUAGUGGACGGAUACUUUCAGCUGACCAGAGACAACGAUUUUCUCGUCAAGACUGUGGACAGUGUGUUUGUGUUCCAGGAGGGGAUGGAGAGUGACACCAAUGCAGCUGCUGCGUACGACGCUAUAGUGGUGGAACAAUGGACAAUCGUUGAUGGUUUACAAGUCAAGACAGACUAUAUUCCCCUGCUGCAGUCGCUGGCUUCAUUUGGAUGGAGACUCACUUGUGUGCUGCCUACACCCAUCAUCAAGACUAACAGUGAUGGAAGUUUGGCCACCAAGCAGAUCGUUUUCCUCCAAAGACCAAUGUUGGCUCGCAAGAAGAAGGAAUCCAAGAAAGUCAUCUUUAAAGCAAGGAACAAGUCCAACAAGAACUCGGUCAAAGACGCACCAAAGAACAAGAAGAAGAAAGACUCCACACCCACCGUAGAGAAAGAGAUAAGUGAUCAAAAGCCCUGUGAUGGAGCUGAGAAGAGCACCGAAGAGACAAAUACAAGUGUGAGUGAACGACAGGAGGAAAACCAGAAUAAUGAGACUGAUGCUGAAGUGCAGAGUGAACAGAAAGAGGACAGAGAGGAAGGGAACGAGACAGAGGAAGGGACGCUAGGAGCAGGAAGGGAAAAACAAGAGGCGGCGGGCGGAAAUAGCAAGACAGACGGAAGUGCUCAAGAUGAGGUAGAUGUUAAAGAGGAAGAGUGUGGCGUGAAAACAGAAGCUGAACUGGGGUCGUGUCAAGACAAGCCUUCACCUACAGCACAAGAAACAGGACGACAGGAUGAAGAGGUGGACAAACAGGAAGACAGCUCAGCCAAUCAGGAUUGAGGAUGCACUCAUACCCACCGAGCCAAUGGAAGUGGACAUCUGAAUGUUCUUAAUGCUACCCUGCAAAAAAAUCAGUUUGCUUAUCAAUAUUGUGUCUUGUUUUCCAGUAUCUAAACAUCCUUGAAACAAGUUCAAUAUAGAAAACAAGGAAGCAAGAGUUGUUUUAUUGAUCUUUAGAUGCCCAAGACAAAACUACUGGCUGAUGUCCUGUAGAUUAUGGUUUAAGACGAGUGAACUGUCGCACAAACACCUCACCUGACAUUUCCACCUCUUGUUACCAAUGCUGAACAUUUAACUCACCGCCGGUGAGCGGGCGAUAACAUCCCUUCCCCAUCAAUGAGCCGAAAGGACUCCGGUAUCCAGGAAGAGGGAGGAGAGAUGAGAAGAGAUUGUUAUCAGUAAAUGCACUGGAUGGGAAAACCACAUUAAUAUUAACUCAAUGAGCCCUGAGGGCCGAGACAGACUCAAAGACGGCAUCUCAGACGCGCUCCGAGGAGAAGGUCACUGCUGCGAGAAGCAAUCUAUUGUGAUGGAAGGUGCAUAUGUUUGUGUAUGUUUUUGUUUACGUUUAUAAGAAUAUUUCAUGACACUGUCCAAACAAAAGAUUCUCAAAAGUUAGGGGAAGAAGCGCACCUGACAGAGAAACAUACUGGGAUAUUACUAUUUAAAAAGUUUGUUGUGGAGUAGGGGCGACUUUUUGUUGGUUUAGUUGUUAGCAUUCGGAGCAGAUCCACCACUGGUUUAAAAGAGUAACUUGCACAGAAAUGAAAAUUCGGUCAUCAUUUACUCACCCUCAUUCUGUUUCAAAUAUGUAUGACUUCAUGGUAGAAUACACGAAUGAAGGCUGUUUGUAUGGAAGCCAAUGUCUGCCACAUAAGAAAAGAACAGACAAUAAUGCAUUAGUAAAUAAAAAUCAUUCUUAGAUAAAAAGUCAUAACUAUGAGAUAAAGGGUAGAAAUUGACAAAAAUCACCAUUGAAAGGUAAAACUCAUAAAAAGUCAACAUUUUGACACACUGAGAGAUAAAUAGAAGAACUUUCCAUUCAAGUCGACACAGAUUAAUAAAGCCAUAAUUCUGACAUUAUGCGAUAAAAUGUCAUAAUUAUGACAUAAAUGUAACUUUUUUUCUUCUCACAAGUAUGAUGGCAUUUUAUACCAUGUAUAACUAUUAUUAUUAUAUUAUAGAGUAGAAAAUCAAAUAACUGACUUUUUAUGCCAUAAUUUCAACAUUAAUCUUAAUUAUUAUUUAGUAUAUCAUAAUUUUUACUAUUAAUCUCAUAAUUGAUUUGUGUCAUAAAUUUGACUUUUUAUCUCAUAAUUAUGUCUUUUAAUGUCAAUUUAAACCCAUAAUUCUGAUAUUAUUUUUUUGUCAUGAUGACAAUUAUAAUAACCAAAGCAUUUUUUUUCUCCAACUGCAGAAAUGGGCUUCUAUACUUUUGACUAUACUCCAUAAAAGCAUCAGAAAAGUAGCCCAUUUAAUUAGAAAUAUAUUAUUUGCCCAUUUUUUGUGGGCAUAGAAUAUGUGCGAAAAACAAACAGCUACAACAACAACAAAAAGGUGAUUAAAUGAUGACAGAAUGAUCAUUUACAGGGUGUAUUAUUGCUUUUAAAAGAGGCAGAUGGCAAAAUAAGUGUCUGUUUGGGCUUCAGUUGACUUUUUCUUGGAGACAAUCUGCUCUAGCUCUAAUUCAAACAUUUUCAACAUUGCUCUCAGAGGCAAUAAAACAUCACAAGUGAUUUUGCUUGAGAAAGACAACACCAGAAAGAUGAGAUACGCUCAUGAACAGAUCCUUUCCCUGUUUUAAUUAGCAGACGACUAAGAGGCUGUUCACACUGGACCUUUCUCCUGUAUUAAAAACAACAGAAGGUCCAUUUAUAUGCACAUGAACUCCCAGACACUGGAUAAUGUUCACCUCAAGACGUUCAUUCUGGCCCCUGAUUCAUCCGAUGGCCAUGCUUUAAAACAGUCAGCAAUUUGAUUUGUAACUAAUGAGUAAACAUGAAAUCAAAAUCGACCCAAUUUAGUUAAAAAUGCAUCAAAUUACAGAAAUAAACUUGGAAAAACAUGCCACCGAUGUGCACAUAUGUGCCUACAGCCCGAAAUGAAAAAAACAACAACGUGUUUUUAGAAUAUUUCACUGCACAGAAUUCAUAAAGAUACUGACAGUUUUUAUUACGAAAAUUGCAUUUUCUGUGGAGGACGUAAUAUGAGAGUGAAACUUCAUGGUGUUAUUAUACAGACCGCUUUUCAAUUUGCAUAAGAAAAUAAACGGAUACGUGGAUAAUCCGUAACAGAAUGUUGUGAUGGGAUAGAGGGGUUACUUCAUGACAAUGAUAAUGCGGUUCACACGGUUCUUUGGCCAAUGUCUUGUAUUUUAGAAAUCAGAUCUCUUAAUGCAGCAGAAUCGCAAGACUAUGAUUUCAGAUAGAAAGUAUUAUCCUGUCUGAUUAAUGGUUAAGGCUUUUCAUAGAAAUUAAUAUUCAAGUAUUAUUUGACGUAUUACUUGUCCAAUAAACAACUACUUGGUAACACAUCGUGUUUUUAUAUCAGAAUAGGCCAAAAAGCAUUUUGACACUUAAAGGUGUUCACAUUAGUGAAAUUUCGGUCAGUAUAGCAUUUCGCCCCAAUGAAACCCAGCUCACACAGAAGUCACUUUCAAAACAAAAGGAGGUAAAAAAAAAUAUUUGUGCUUGAACCCGUUGAAUUCUGCAUGUGGAAAUUUUUCGCCCUCACACGUAAUUCCUGAUCGCAUACAAUCCUGUUGAAAUGACUGGAUUUUGCGAGGGAAAUUUAGUCAACAACAGUGAACGUGAACACGAAAAAGGUCUUAAAUUUCAUUUCAUUAGUUAAAAUAUCAAACUAACUGACAUUCAUAUUAAACAAAAGAACCCAGCUAACAGGGAACGUUAUCAAAACGUUCUGGCAAGGUUCACUUAAUGAUAUGAACUGACAUUCCUCCAGUAAUGUUAAUAGAAAGUUCGUUCUAAGUUGUCUGGUGAUGUUAUGUUCUCAAAAUGUUAGUGCAAAAACAUUAUACAUUGUUUAUGGAUCUCUUUUCAGAAAACCUUUUAGUUGGAUGUUAAUUUAACCUUUUUAAAUGUUACUACUUCAGCAAACAUUCAAAAGUGACUCCCAUAAUGUCUGUAAAAUGCUAAAAUGUUCCCUUAACAUUCACAUUACCGAAAAUGUUUUUAAACAUUAAAAAUAAAUAAAUAAAUUGGAUGUUCGGAAUGUUCAGGAAACAUUCCAAUAAAAAUAAUUAAUUAUUCAUAACUUAAUGAGACCAUUAAAAAAUGUUCUUAGAACUUACUUUGUUAGCCAGGGAUGCAAUCUUUACAAGCAAAAUAUUUCACAGAAGGAUGUUUGAAUUGACAAAACAAUAAUUCAAAACCACUUUCUGGUCGUCAAAUGUUAGUGGGUCGAAUCCAUCAUGCACAUCAAGAAAUGCACAUUAAGGUGCGGGCAGCAUUAAAGGGUUAGUUCACCCAAAAAUAAUAAAUGGAUAUUUUUCUUACAAAAAUUAAAAAGAUGAAAUAAUUUUUUUUUAGAUAACUCUGACUGGAUUAAUCUGAAAGAAGAAAGUCAUAUACACCUAGGAUGAAUUGAGGGUGAGCAAUUUAUGGCCUAAUUUUUACUUUUGGGUGAACUAACCCUUUAAUAUUAACGCAAAUUCGCAUAUGAAAUUCAGGAAUCAAAUGAUCAGCUGUUUUAGGUAAGAGUGAAAAAGUUUCACACACAGAUUUUACUCAUGAUCAAGUUGGUUGCUCAAAAGUUAAAGUGACUUCUGUGUAAGCAAUAAUACGUACUCAUCUCUACGCUACUUACAAUGAAUGGACCCCUUUAUACACACAAAAUUUCACUAAUGCACCUUAAAAAUACAAACAUGGUCAUUUUGAGUUUAAUGCUGAAUUUUUUGCCCACUCUACACCUCACCUGAGCAACAUCUGUGUUUCCAUUAAGUCAGCAUUGUUGUGUUGGCGUCUUGCCGUAUUUGUAAUAUUGGGUUCGCAUUGUCAGGGUUUUCCAGCAUGUGGUCUUGAGGGACGGUGUAUGUGUGGUUCUGCAUUAGCUCUAAUGGCCAGAGGGGUCACGUUUAAAAUCAUAAUGGCUUUCCCACUCCCCCUCCUGCUGGGACAAACAUCAGAAAGGACAUCAACAUCCCAACUCCCUAAUAAAAGAUGCCAUUUUCAAUCUGUCCACGUACAUUUAAAAGAAAUUCAUUUUGCACUUCCGUCUUACACGACAGCGGUUCUCGCUCUUUUUCCGAGCGGUUUCUGACACAUUGUCAUUAUAAUUGUGCUUCGUCACAGUGCUGUUGUUAGACUGUAGCUGCAGGGGAAAGGCCUUGUUUAUUGUUUUAAUACAGGGGAAAGACAGAGCUGCGCUGACGAUUCAACUAGAGACAAAAAGACAUUCAGAUGCAUUUUUCAAGCAUCACUUGUUGUGUAUCACAGGUGGAAUCUGUAGACUUUUUGAGGUGGUAAAAUCUGUGGACGGUGUUGAACAAUAGCAGAGAGUUCUACAAAAACAUUCAAAUUAGUCAAAACACUUAAUAAAGAAACAGACCGUUUGUAGAAGUUGGUGAAUGACGGGCAUCUGUGGGCGCUGAUUGUGUGUGGGCCUGCUUAUCACUGACGGAUAGCAAUUAUGUUACAGUAUGUGCUGCUAUGCAUAUAGCUCUGCUGUCAGCAUCUGCUCUGAUAAGCUUGGCUUAUCUAGAUUGAGUUCUGCGACUGUGUUCGGAAUGGAAUACUAGUGUACUGCAGUGCAUACUGCAUAGUGUAUCUACUGCAAACAGCAGAAAAUAAAGCUGUACGCCAGAAGCUUCAGAGCAAAAACUGACUUAUAGUGAGGUAAAUCACAGUUACACAUGAACUUGACUGACUUACUGCUUCUACAAGAGCAAAAAUCACUGUCAACAGCAGUAUUUGGUAACAUCUAUUAAUAUGACUCAUUGGAAAUGUAAAUUUAUGGCAUCGAGUUAAGUGCAUUGCAUGGUGGGAUAUGCAUUAUGGACACUACUGUUCAAAAGUUCAUGUCCAGUAGAAAGAGAUCAAUGCUUUUAUUGAGUAAGGACACAUUAAAUGAUCGAAUGUGACAGUAGAAGAUGUUACAAAAGAUUUCUAUUUGAAAUAAAUGCUGUUCUCUUGAACUCUCUUUUCAUCAAAGAAUUCAGAAAAACUAAAUCUAUCAUGGUUUCCAUAAAAAUAUUACGCAGCACAACUGUUUUUAUCAUUGAUUUGAACAAGAAAUGUUCUGUGAGCAUAUUAAAAUGAUUCCUGAAGGGUCAUGUGACACUGAGUUUAGAUGCUGAAAAAUGCCUCUUUGCAUCACAGGAAUCAAUUACAUUUUAAAAUACUUAUUUUAAAUAGUACAAAUAUUUCACAAUAUAACUCUAUUUUUAAUAAAAUAAAUGCAGCAUUGGUGUAGACGUAAUAGACGUCUUUUAAAAGUAUUUUUAAAAAUCUUCUAACUUUUGAACAGUAUGGUAGCAUGCAUAUCCAUGUACUGUAUAUACACGUGCAUCCAGAUAAUUAUAUAAAAAUAUUAGUAUAAUAGUAUGCUUUUUCAAACACAGCCUUUGUUCCGAACUCAAACCCUGUUAAACAAAUACACACAUCAGCUACACAAUUCUUAAAGGUUUUGAAGGUUAAAUUAUUAUUUCUAUGUAGACACACUUUAUGUGGUUUAACUAGCUGGCAGUGAUGAAUGGUUAGUGUGUGAAAGUAGCAUGCACGGUCUUUACCACCCACUCUCCACCGUGUAGAUUCAAAUACACACAAUAGCUGGCAUGACGUCAGCAAGUUAUGGACGGUAAGUCCGGUCUGGGUCCACAGGGUCAGUCGGAGCGGUUGGCGAAGCCACGUCAAACGAGCUGUUGGAGAAAAACAAGGUUGUGGAAGAAAGUGAGGCAGGAUCAGCAAAACUGAUGCCGAGUAAUAUUUACCCUCCCCUUAGUAUUGACAGGGUGACCCGUGACUCAUGCAGCGGUUGACCUGGUCCGCUGUUGUUUUGCUAAGAAAUGUGCCAGUUUCUUAGUUAUAUAAUGGAUUUUAAUAUCCUGCAGUGGCAGGGGAGGAUCUUUGUAGCUACUAAUGCACACUUAAGCACAUGCACCUCAUUUUGUGGUCCAUUUACUGACGGUUUUCUUGCUUUUCAGAGAACAAAAGAGUCAAACAUGCUGCAUUUCUGCUUGUAUAUCUCAAAGGAUUUUGCCAUUUCUGCCUCCAUAUUUUUGCAGGUCGCUUCUUUGAUUGUCAGCCACUGUUGUGCCAUUGUGAACAUUGAUCAAUGUUUUCCAUCGUUUGUACGGACAAGCAACAUAAUAAUGUCAUCUGUACAAUUUGUAUAAUAUAAUAAAUAUGAUUUAUAUUUGA